UUCUCAGAUUCAUCUUUCCUCUUUUUCAGUUCCUUUAUUAAUGCACCAAAUUCCUCGUCAACCAUCAUUUGAUCUCAGUCAAUUUUCUUUCUUGUCUUUCAAUUUUCUUAGCAAACAAUUGCACAAACAUAACGUUACCCAUUGAAAAUUUGAUUUCUUUAUGUUAAAAUUUGUAAUGGGUCAAUAGAAACUCGAAUUCCAACUUCAAUUUGAUUUAGAACAUAUUUGAUUUCCAUAUUAAAUUAUCCUUCAAUCUCAUUUCGUUUUUAAUUUGUUGAUCAUAAUUUAUAAGGUUUUCUUUUGGUGCAUAAACCAAAUCACCCAAUCAUAAAUGGAUAUUGAUGAGAUUAUUGGGGAGACCGCAAGGUCUUCCAUGAACCUACCAACAAAGAGUGCAAUUUAUGUGUGGGGAUAUAAUCAGAGUGGGCAAACGGGUAGGAAGGGCAAGGAGCUCCAACUGCGGAUUCCAAAGCAGCUUCCUCCUGAGCUCUUUGGGUGCCCGGCCGCUGCCAAUGCUCGCUGGUUAGAUAUAGCUUGUGGCCGUGAGCACACUGCGGCGGUAGCCUCUGAUGGGUCGCUUUUCACUUGGGGUGCUAAUGAUUUUGGUCAACUGGGAGAUGGCACUGAGGAGGGUAGGAAGUACCCUAAAAAAGUCAAGCAAUUGGAGACUGAGUUUGUGAAAUCUGUAUCGUGUGGAGCACACUGUACUGCUGCUAUUGCAGAGCCUCGUGAUAAUGAUGGAACCAUCUCAACAAGUAGACUUUGGGUUUGGGGACAAAACCAAGGUUCAAAUUCUCCACGUUUAUUUUGGGGGGCCUUCUUGCCUAACACAAUUAUCCAUCAAGUGUCCUGUGGUGCAGUUCAUGUGGUGGCUUUGUCAGAGGAUGGCCUACUACAAGCUUGGGGCUAUAAUGAAUAUGGUCAGCUUGGCAGAGGUGUAACUUGUGAAGGACUCCAGGGAGCUCGUUUAAUAAAUGCUUAUGCAAAGUUUCUUGAUGAAGCCCCUGAGCUAGUGAAGAUUACCCUAGUGUCAUGUGGGGAGUACCACACAGCUGCCAUUUCUGAAAAAGGCGAGGUCUAUACCUGGGGGCUAGGAAAUAUGGGCCAACUUGGGCACACUUCUCUUCAGUCUGGGGAUAAAGAGCUACUGCCUAGGCAUGUGGUCGCCCUUGAUGGAAUUUCCAUAAAGGAAGUUGCAUGUGGAGGUGUACACACUUGUGCCGUGACUGAUAAAGGAGCUCUUUAUGCCUGGGGUGGUGGUCAAGCUGGUCAGUUAGGCCUUGGCCCCCAAAAUGGAUCAUUUUCAUUCAUUCCCAGUGAUACUGAAUCAUUUCUUCGAAAUAUCCCUGUGUUGGUGGUCCCAACUGGUGUGCAACUUGUUGCAUGUGGACAUUCUCACACACUUGUUUCUUUGAAGGAUGGAAGAAUACAUGGAUGGGGUUAUAAUAGCUAUGGACAGGCUGCUAAUGAGAAAGCUACAUAUGCUUGGUAUCCAUCACCAGUUGACUGGUGUGUAGGGGAAGUGCGAAAACUAGCAGCUGGUGGUGGCCAUUCGGCAGUUUUGACUGAUGCUUGUUCCUUGAAAGAGUUGUGUGAGUUUAGACUUGCAGAUAAUGUGACACUAUCAAAUGCUUUGGAGAUUGAGGAUGUUGCAUCCAGAACUGGAGCAGAUGCUUUAGCACGCCUUUGUGGAAGAUUGAGGUGUUGGAUUCUUGGGACCUUAUAUUUUGUCAUGCCUAUUCAUGGUGAAGAUGCUUUUUCAACCUACUCCUAUCUGCAGGGAGCAUUUUCCCGAUGGUGGUGAUAUAGAUUAUGAAGAUGAUGAAAUCAGCAGCGGGAAGAACUGAAGAAACAAAUAAACUUCAGUUUGGAGAUUGAUGAUCAUUGUGUUGUUACUAUGUAUUUCCUGUAUUACUUUGGUGCAAUUAGGACUGCAAAAUUGAUGAACUAUAUUAUUUCAGAUGACAAUGUAGAAUCUCUUGUAUUCUAUAAUAAGUAGUCUUUGCAUCAGUGUAUUUCUGGUCGGUCACCCAGAUAAUGGAUUACUGUAAAAUCAAGAUUCAUCUGUUUGAUGUGUGGACUUUUAAUUGGAUAUUCAUUAAGCUUAAACAUUUAUAAAAUAUGAUCAUUGUUGGAUUUUGACA